AUGUACUUCACAACUAUCGCUACCCUCAUCACUUCCCUAGCUCUAACCUCCGCACUCCCUCUCUCUCCACCUCUCAACACAGCAUCUCUUACCUUCCACGGUGCAGCAGGUGCUCAAUACACACUAUCCGUUCCACUCGAUGGUUCGACUACUAGCACCAAUAAUGUCUUGAGCAUUUCUUCUAUCUCUACGGAUGGCUUCGAUGUGCAGAAGAAUUGUAAGAUUCAUGCUGUGGAUUACACACCCGCUUUAGUUCAAGGACCACCAAACACAUGGCAAGUCGGGCCACCUCAAACCAUCAUCGAUAUCUCCUGUACAGGUGGAGGUUCCUCUUCGGGUCAAGUGAUUAGCAUUGAAUUAGAUGGGGCUGCGGAUGCGAAAUAUUUCAUUAGUGUACCGCUUGGUGGAGGACCAGUUUAUACUAACAACGCCCUCUCAAUCUCCCAAGUCCGCUCCACAUACAAUAUCCCCAACUGCAAAUUCGAUACAGUCGAUUACCCACCAGCCUUUGUACAAAUCGCUAGUGGUGUUUGGAAUAUGGGACCUCCACAAACUGUUAGAAGUGUUUCUUGCCCUGCAUAG